CCCGAUCCCCAACGCCCAACCAAAUCUGCAGCUGUGAGAGCGACCGCGCCGAAAUGACCAGCCGCCACCGCCGCCGCCGCGGCACCUCGCCGGCGGCGCCUCGGUCUCCGCUCGAAGACGAAGAUCUGCUGAUGGAGAUCCUCCUCCGCCUCCCGCGGGAGCCCUCCUCCCUUCCCCGCGCAUCCGCCGUACGCAAGCAGUGGGGACGCCUCGCCACCGACCCCAAGUUCGUCGCCCGCUUCCGCGCCCACCACGGGAAGCCACCUCUCCUUGGAGUCUUCGAGCUCGGCCACGAGAUCAGGUUCCGCUCCGUCCUGGACCCUCCAGACCGCAUCCCGCCGGAGCGCCUCUCCCUUGGACGGUACAGCAACCCCCGGCAUACCAAAGUGCUCGGUUGCCGCCACGGCCGCGUCCUCGUCAAAGACUGGGUGCGAGAUGAGGUCGUUGUGUGCGAUCCUAUCACCGGCAAGCAGCACCGGGUUUCUAUUCCGCCCAAGUUCAACGAACGCUACCCCUGCCUCAACGGGGCGGUGCUCUAUGCUGCUGGCGGCCAGGGCCAUGUGCAUGGCAGCUGCCACUCGUGCCCUUUCAAGGUGGUAUUGGUGUCCGAACUAGAUCAUCGACCCAUCGCUUGUGUUUACUGCUCGGAGACCGGCAUCUGGGGCGAUAUGGUCUCAACAGAGGCUACAAAUACUAUUUUUGAUAUGUCUCCUAGUCCUAGCACCCUUGUUGGUAAUGUUCUUUACUGGCCGUCUACCUAUGGGCGAGACAACAUACUUCAAUUUGAUUUGGACAGUCAGAACCUUAAGGUGAUUAGAGGGCCUCGCUGUAUGAAUAAUAGGUUGAUCGACCACUUUCAGAUUUUCCAGGCAGAGGAUGGUGUUGUUGGUCUCAUCGUGUUGUCUUGCCAUAACCUUCAAAUCUGGAAAAGAAAGGUGGACUGUAAGGGUGUUGCCAUCUGGUUGAGGCAGAAGACGGUUGCGUUGCGUAACAUUCUUGAGCUCCCUCCUAAGAUUAGGAAAAGGAGGGAACUGCAUGGAAAAUUUGUUGGUCACGAUGAGGACAACAAUGCAAUGUUUUUAUAUAUCGACGGCAAUGUCUAUAUGGUUCAACUCAAGUCAAUGCAAUCCAAGAAACUCAAGGGGAUCGGUUCUGCUAGUUACUGUUAUCCUUUCACAAGUUUCUAUCCACCAAGCACAACUACUACUGCUGAAAAUGGAGCUGAAAUGUUAGGAUGACCGUCUGAUUUGAUGUGCAAAUGGGCUGAAAUGGUUCAACAGGUGAAGAAAGGGCUGCUGCAGUUGCUAGUUGUCACUGAGUUUGUCGCAUCACAUUAAUGUGGUCAGCGGUGUUUAUAUGUUUUCUUCAAAAACUUAUUGUGCUUUAGUCUAGCCAAGUAUGUAAUGUAGCAGGAUGCUUUUGAAUACCUAAUCCAGGGAAUUUCAGCUUAACUAUCCUAGUAUUAUUUCAAGUCGAAUUUCAUCUUGUCUUGCUUUUUCUACUUACGUGUGCUUGUCAGCUCUUCUCUUGAGCCAUGCCAAUUUCUGGCACAUGUAUCAACAUUUGGGAUCAUAUGCUAGGAAAACUAAUAUUGCAUUCCUUUGUAGACCUGGAUGCUUAUUAUUAUGGCGAAUACAUUGGUGAAAUA